AUGCCAGAGGAUACCGAGACGCGGGACGCUAGCGAUCACGGCAGUCAUGAAAGUCAUGGUGAUAACGCUAGCAUUGAGCCUGUGGAAGACGAGGAAUCAGCUGAUUCUCAGGGAGAGUCCAGACAAACGCAAAGCACCUUCUUCUCCCUGCCAUUGGAGAUCCGCCAGAGAAUAUACUCUGACUUGUUGAGCCGCCACAAGAACAGAGAAAGGACCCCAAAUAUAAACUGGGAAAUAACCCGGUUCGGCCGCGAGUGUGGCUGCUGGGAAGGCGGGACAUGGGACUGUGGGAGAAAUCUUCGGCGCCUGCUCGAUGGCGACUAUAACAGGCAUGUCAGACUCGCUCCCGCUUGGACAGUCAGAUACCGCCUCAGCGUACAGAUCCUCAGAACCUGUAUGCGGGUCUAUGAGGAAGCGCGAGAGUUUCUAUACGAAAGGAAUCAGUGGAUAGACGUUAGCUUCUGCUCGAAUGCGCUACGUCAAGCGAUAUGUUUACUUGGAAUUCGACCGGUCACCAGGCAUACUCCAGUCUUCAGACAACCCAACAAAUUCGCCUCAACUGUUUUCAAACUUCACAUAUGCCCUGCCCAUUCUCGCUGUCGUCAGAGUUUCCUCAGCAUGCGCACUGUCUUCUUAGUAGGUCUAGAUGAUCUGUCUGACCUUGUUCCUUGCAUCACCAACUGCGUGUAUAACGGUAUCGAGCCAUUAUCCAGGCUUGGUAUGCGAUUCUUUCCAAACAAUAUAUGGCCCCGUGGAGCAGGAAGAGAGUUGACUGAAAAAGAAUUCCAAGUUCGAGUCCUCGGCGUCCUGAGCCGUAUCAGGAUGACACCUCAUCCUAGGCUUCAAGGGCCUCUACCGGAGAUAGACAGAUGGGCGGAAUAUACAUUGGAUUAUGUGGAACCAAAUAAACUCGAAAGACGAUUCGCUUCAAAACUAACCAGAUACAUGCCUGUUCAUGAGUUCCUCGUAUACUUCACGAAGAGAAUGACCAGCUACGUGACAUACCGCUGGGAUCCAAGGUUCGAAUCAGAAGAGGACAAUGUACGCGAUCUCGCCUUCCAGUGGUAUAAUGGCUUUCUGCGGUACAACGAACAGAUAAACUCCGUGUCACGUUAUUGCAGGAGAGCUCGAACCAUCACUGUACAGCUUCAAUUGCGCUAUCAGAUCGUUCAGCUCCACCGCGGGACCUACUGUCGUCACACCAACGCUCUCCAACAUUUACUGGACGAGGGAGAGCUGAAAGAGAAUCAACGGAUUAUUCAACACUUCUGGACCGGGGCAGAGUGGUGCCUGGGCGAGCUAGAGUGGGAGCCCUCAUCAACGGAGUACCAGCUCAUUUUGAACAUUGGAUGGUUAUUCACGUGGAACCAUAUUCCGUCGUGGUGGGAUGAGCUAUGGGAAUUCGUCAAUUCAGAAGACUUCAGCCAUGAGCGUGCGCGAUAUUAUCUCUCCAUGAACGCUUCUAGGAUAUCUAAGAUGGGUGACUAUGGCAGCUCCAGUGGUUGCAGAGACCCAGAAGGUCUGAGCAGGGAAGUCGAGAAGGCUCUUGCUCAGUUCUAUAGUGAUCCAGAAUCGCCCAACCUGACAAUUGAGGGGAAUAUAUGA